AUGGGACCCGUGGACUUCUUCGUUGCUUACCAAGGAUGGAGAGCUGACCCUCCUAAUCCCUUCUUUUCUUCCUCUUCUUCAUCAUCGUCCCUUACUGCGUAUCAUCCUUCACCUACCGUGGCUUCUUCUGUUGACUCCUCCUCUCGCAAAGUGGCUUCUGAGCCUUGGGCUAACCUGGCGUUCGAUGAAAUUUGUCAUCGGCUGGAGGUAUUCGUUGCCGGGAAAAAGGCAUCCGCGUCGUUUGUUUGUGGGGGUCAGGUCCCCAUUGAUGCUAGAUCCAUACCAUCCAAAACCACCUCCGUAUCCCCGCCAGUGAGGAUCUGCUGGCGGACAGAUCGUGACAAUAACCUGCGAGAGUUGGCUCUACCUCUUGACUCGAACGCCGACUCCAAAGCUGAAUCUGAUUAUUUGCGUCAAUUGGUAGCAGACUGCAAACCUGCUAGCUUUGGCAAGGGACAGGAAGAUGUUCUUGAUCCCAAAUACCGAAAAGCUGGAAAACUUGAGCCUCGACAUUUCCUCACCAGCUUCCACCCAUCAGACUUUGGAAUCCUUCAGAAUGUGGAGCAAAUUCUCCUUCCAAACUUCAACACGGACCUGGAAAAUCGUCUACCCUUCCGAAAAAUGCAUGCUGAGUUAUACAAACUGAAUGUCUACUCAGGACCAUCUGGUCUUUUCAGAAAGCAUGUUGACACACCGCGAUCCGAGAGCCAGAUCGGCUCACUGGUCGUUUGCUUACCAUCUCAUUUUAAAGGGGGCAACUUGAUUGUCCAGCACGAGGGAAAACAAGUUGAGUUUGACUGGAGUCACCAGAGUGCGUCUACGAUUCAAUGGGCAGCAUUUUAUAGUGACUGUGAGCAUGAGAUCAAAAGGAUCACGGAAGGGGAUCGUAUCACCUUGACGUACAACCUCUACGUAACCGAGCCAGUGCGGGGAUUAAUUCCACCAAGCUUAAUUGUUGACCCAAAGAGCCUGCCGCUGUAUAGCUUUUUGGAAGGACUUGUCAAGGAGCCUAGCUUUAUGGAAGAGGGUGGCGCUUUAGGGUUCUUUUGCUCUCACGCUUAUCCUCACGCAUCUGAUGAGGCUCCAGUGCUACUUCCGAGAGCACUUAAGGGGGCUGAUCUUGUGCUUUACUCUGUUUUCAAAUCCCUUGGAUUAGAAAUUGAUAUUCUCCCCGUAAUUUUUGACGACUCUUAUGGUCCAUCUAACGAGAAACAUGGUGAGCAACCCCUCCGAAAUAGAAUACUCCGAGUUUUCUCUCAAAAUUGGCAUGCGCCCUGGGAAUAUUGA